GGUUAGAUGCAGCUCUGUUGACAGAUUUCAACCUAUGAUUUCAACCUACUAGGAUUCUGGGAAUUUGAUUUUUCCGAGGCACCUUUAAAUGCAUCAUAAAAUGUUUCUUCCUGUACUGGGGCAUUGUACUGUCAAGUCAAGGCUCCUCAUGAUCAGGAUCAUUUGUGUUCAGUUGUCAGCGUUUAAACGCAGCUCCAGUUUAGGUAAGAAGGACUGUGUACAACAAGGGGGGCUGGAGGAUGAUAAAAACAUGGCGCACGAGGUUCAGAUGCUCGUCUUUUGCUUUAUCACAGUUGCUCUGUCGAUUGUCGUCACAUUGGUCUGUUUGAACGAGAAAGGUUAUUCCGUAAGCAAGCCCGUUUGGAUCCGCUAUGCAAGCGAACACAACGCGGGGCUUCUUGUGGUCGGACGUAGAGACGAGGACCUUGUUGAACAUCUGGGGGGAGCAGGACAUUCAGACGGCGCUGGAUGGAAACUUCCGAAACAGCUUCGUGUACCGCGACGUUUCCCGGAGGCUGGGGGUAAUGGGGUUUGAAAGGACGCCGGAGCAGUGCAGGGUGCGGAUCAAAAGCCUCAAGAGACAGUACUUGUUAGCAAAGGAAGGUAAUCUACGGAACAACGGGCAGUAUCACAAGAUUUGUAAGUUUUAUGACACCAUGGAGAUGAUUUUGAGCAACCGGCCCGCUCUUGACCCCCAGGAGUUUAUAGACAGCGGGGCGGGGGGAGAAGAGGCCGUGGAUCAUGAUGGCCUGGAGGAAGAUGGAGAAGAUGCUCAGGAUGCAUACUCGGAGAGCACAGGGGAGUGUCCUUAUCCUGCAGAAACUGAAGUGAAGUUGGAAUACCCAGCUGUUCCCAUCCCCAUUCCAGUUAAAGUGACAAUGGGCAAUAACAGCACUUCAGUAAGACCGCAUAACAGCGGCCAGUCGACCAGUAAUCUAUCAACCAAAACACCUAAACGGCAGAGAAAGCGGCGUGCUAACUUCCCCAUGGAGAAACUAAUGGAGCAGUUCCUGGAGCAGAGCGCCCAGGCUGAGGACAACUUUUAUCGGAUGGAGGAGCAGCGCUUGCAGGCAGAAGACCGCCGUAGGGAAGCCGAACACGCCAGGGAGCUGCACAUGCUUCAGAUGCUCGGUCAGAUGUUCUCCAGCAUCUCCUCCACCAGACCCGGCUCUGCAGCCACUCCCUGUAAAACAGCUCCUCCUGCCCGUGCUCCUGUGUUCUCCAGUGCCUCCCCAUCAUGUACACAAGGCCAGUCAAGUCAUCUCAGACGCCCUUCACCCCAGACAGACUGUUGCACUCAACAAAGUCAACUAUUGAACACAGAUCCCCAGGCAUUAGUGUUUGAACGCUACUACAGUUUGGGGUCUACAUCACACAGAAGCAUGGAUGAUGACAUCCUCUCACUAGUAAAAAGCAUAGUCCCUCCACUGACAUCCAAAAAGCACAAGGGACAAGAUGGACGUAUUGGGAUCAUCGGAGGAUGCCAAGACUAUACUGGAGCUCCGUACUUCGCCGCCAUCUCAGCGUUGAAAGUGGGGGCUGACUUGUCUCAUGUGUUCUGCACAAAAGAUGCUGCAACUGUAAUCAAAUCAUACAGCCCUGAGCUCAUAGUUCAUCCUGUUCUGGACAGUCCUAAUGCAGUGGAAGAGAUUGAAAAAUGGCUCCCAAGACUUCACGGCCUUGUGGUGGGACCAGGUCUAGGGAGAGAAGACGUAUUACUGAAAGCAGCCAAGGAGGUGAUAGAGAAGUCUAAAGCAAGAGAUAUCCCUAUAGUCAUUGAUGCAGACGGCUUAUGGCUAGUUACACAGCAACCAUCUGUUAUUCAAGGGUACCAUAAAGGCAUCCUUACACCUAACUUCAUGGAGUUCACUCGACUGUAUGAGGCACUGCACCACGAACCCAUGAACAGCACUGAUCAUCAACGCAGCGUCAUGCAGCUCAGUGUAGCCAUGGGCAACCUCACUGUGGUGCUAAAAGGAGAACAGGAUCUCAUUACAGACGGCACCAAGGUGAUCUCAUGCAGUGUUGAGGGCAGUGGGAGAAGAUGUGGUGGACAGGGAGAUCUUCUAUCUGGAUCUAUGGGAGUUUUGGCACACUGGGCCCAUGCUGCCUCUGCAGCUGGAAUGGGCAGAAGUUUGAACCCAUCAGUGGUUGCAGCAUUCGGUGCCUGUUCUCUUACAAGACAGUGCAACAGUCAAGCAUACCAGCGACAUGGCAGGUCCACCACCACAUCAGACAUGAUCCAGGAGAUUGGCACAGCCUUCAAAAAGCUAUUUGAAAGCUGAAAACGAGUGAAAUUGUUGUUUUAAAAUCUAUAAAUACAUACUCAAUUUUGCAAAACUACUCUUGUAGCCUUUGGCUGAACCAGUCGAAAAUGUUCUCUUCAAGCUGUAAUUGAUUUAAUGUUAGAGAGGUGUGGACUAGCCUUUUAAAGACAGCUCUCAAAAUCUGGUGCAAAAGAAAUAUCCACACUGACUUGUUGUUUGAAGAGUAUAAAAUUAACCCUAGAAGAAAAUAAACAAACAAAUGUGUCUUCCAUAUCUCAAGUAUUAUCUAUGAAUGCAUUUACCAAACGUGCUGAGGUAGUUAUAUUUUUCACAACCCACCAAAGGAAAGAGUAAUGUGGCCACUGUAAGACAGAAACUUGAUUGCAUUUUGAAAUAAAUAAUAAAUAA